AUGGCGUUCCAGGCAGAGGGCACAGCCUGUGCAAAGGCAGAGAGGCUGAGCAGAGCCUGGACCUGCGAGGAAAGUGGGCUCAGAGACGUUAGGACACUCAGCCAAGUUCACACAGCUGGUCAACAGCAAAGCCGAGAUUCAGACCCAGCCCUGACUCCACCACCACCACCACCACCACCACCACCACCCCCUCCAACACCUGGGCCAGCAAUCCCUUCGUUCUCAAUUUGUCCGUCGAAACCCUCAAAACCUCACGGGAUGGACAGGCAGCAAGAGAACACGGUGGGAGGCGAGGGGCUGGGCUCUUCCCGGGGUCUCUCAGAGGAGGAAACCAAGGCUCCAGCGGCCCACGCAGCAGAGCUGCGGCUCCAGGGCCCGAGGGCUGUCAGGCCAAGGCUCUCCGGCGCCCCCUUCUCACCGCACACAGGCACGGCCGCAUCGGCCACACCGCCGGCAGGCUGCGGAGACCCCAGGCCAGCCCUCGUGAUCCUCGUCCAGUUCUAA